AUGUACAACGGCACGCUCGUUCCAGGGUAUGGAAGCGCAGGCAGCACUCUUGCAGUGGGCCUUGACCAAAUCGAGGUUUUGCCGGACGGAAAGUACCUAUAUCACCAGCCCUGCAAUGGUGAUCUAUAUCGUAUAGAGACUACGUAUGUCGACGCUAGCCUCACAAAUUCGACUAUGGCUGCUAGUCUUGAGGACUAUGCUGAGGCUGUUGCUUUGACCCUUUCUACUGACGGUACAACUGUUGAUGCCGAUGGCAAUAUCUUCGUUAGUGAUACCAAUCUUCUGGCAAUUUGGAAGAUUAUUCCAGAGGGCCGUGCUACUAUUCUUGUCCAAGAGAAUUUAUUACUCUGGACCGACCUCAUGUGGGUGACUACUGAUAAGAAGCUGUGGCUUCCAGCCUCUCAGGUGCGCCCUGGGAGUAACGGUCUAAUGGCCAGCGCUCCUAACUACUUCUUCACUUAUCCGAUUGAUGUCGGGCCUUCCUCUAUUGACCAUGUUUAA